AUGGACCAAGGCUGGCUGGACUCCUUAUCGGAGGAUUGGGAAUCGCAACCAAGAUCCGCCGGUUCACCUGUACCGUCGCUACCUUCUUUGACAGAUUCAACGUCAGAGUCAUCGAGCGCUGCGCUGCACGCAAGUCGAAUACCAAAAUACAACCCCGAGAAGAAAACAUGGAGCGCGCAACCGGAGAAGAACAACAGCCCCCUAAGUGAGAGAAAUCUAAAUGACAACAAUGUACCGCUAUCAAUACGAUCAAAAUCCCAAUCAAAGUUACGGCAAGAUAUUUCAGCGAGCGUUCGGGGAGGCACCAGGCAGCGCAGGCGAACGUUGUCCGACUCGGCGACAAAUUCGUCGCAAUAUGGGACCAUACAGCGUAAAGCAGACCCGUUGAGUCAAGAGAAAGCAUCCAGUGAAACGCCUGAGUGGAAGCGCAGGCUGUUGCAAGGAGAUGUCGCAUAUGGCGAGCAACGAGAUUUGUUUACAGCCGCCGGCUUGGAGGAUAUGUUUCGGCCACCACCUACGAUGAACAGUACAGCACCAAUCAACCUUACCACAAAACCAACCGACGAAUCGAGUGUCGUGAUGCCUUCGAGUCCCCCUCCAUACAACAUUAGAAGAACACAUUCGGAAGAGGGGCACCUUAGUGAAACGCAGAAAGACUUGGAUGGGCCGAGAGACAAACAGCCUCGGAUUGUUAAGUACAGAAUGAUGGAUGGUGAUAACAGCGGGUUCUCCUCCAACGAGUUAAGUAGAAGCAGCAGUUUUCAACCACGGCCAUCAGUGGUUCCUAACAUUCGGGACGAAAGCUCAUUCGACAGCACGCCUCAAAACCCCGGAAUUGCACCUCCCCAGAACACAUACCCAGUAGAUGCUAUGAGCCGUGUUGUUAGUGGCCAGAGCGAUUUUCGGAACGAGGAGUUAAGUCCCAUAUUUAUAUCGAAGCAGAACACGGUCAGUGGUAGUCUUGACUUCGUGGCGAAUCUAGCCACCAAGGAUCUACAAGAAAGUCCAGAUGAUUCCCUGGAGGAUACACAAAAUCAAGUAGACGAGGACGCCGCCGAGUCUUCUCAGCUGGUUCUGGGCAAUGCUUCAGCUGACACCGAUGACUUCGCCCAUAACGGUAAAUUUGUGAAUCUACGGAGGGGUGGGCGCUCAGAAGAUGGCUCCUUUCAGCAGCGCAUGUUAAGUCCGUCUUCACUUCCAGCCAUAGACGAAUCAGACCUCCUGCCGGAAGAAUCCAUGCAAGCGAGUACACCUAAAAACCUAGCAUUCAUCAAGAAAACGAGAACAUCCAACAAUAAUCACAAUCAACCUUCUAGUACAGCAUUAUCGCCUAUACCUCAGACACCCGAAACAAGUCCUUCCAAAAAGAAGAAGAAUGAGAACAGUUCAGGAAGUCCUUUGAAGCUAUUUGGCACUUAUGACACGUUUACCAACCAAACACUUUUGAGAAGACUAAGCCAGUUUGAAAAAGACGACGAAGAACAAAAGACCUCGAAGGUCAACUCUGACUCGAAAGGGUCGUCAUCUGACGAUGUAUUUGCCACGAAUAAAUCUAAUGGUUUCAAAAGAGGCCCUAGGAAAGUCAAUAGUUUUGGCGCUGGCGAGUUAGAUAGCUUCCAAUUCAGCGAAGAGAUGUCUUUCAACUCUGAUGAGUCGAGAGGCCAGAUUGCGGAUGUCAAUGACAUCUCUCUUCCAAUGUUAAAACCUGAUGAACAGCCAAGCUUCAAGUUUCAACUACAGCCAUCUCCAGCAAUUGAAGACGGUGAUGUAGCUCACCGCGCCGAACGUACGACACUGACAAAGUCUACCAAGCGACGUAUCAGCAUUCACACGACGCGCACAACUUCAAGUGUCAACAAAAAUGAAUCUUCACAGGUUGUCGAAAUCUUGGAAACACCGAGGAAAAGAGUUGGAAACUCCGAGGGGAAACGGCUUCCACGAUCUCCCUUUAAAGACCCCACACCGAAGCGUCGACGAACGUUACAUAAGUCUGAUCUUGAGGAAUCAAUUGAAGCCCACAAUGAACCUGGAAAUGAUUCACUAAGGGAGACACACCACCAAAUUCAAUCGGUCAUUGGAAAGAAGAGGAAAGACGCCAGGCACGGCGAUGACCAGCAAGCCGCUACGCCGAAGGUACUCGCUAUGCGCCAAAUGUUGCGACCUCGAUCGCCGACCCCAAAUCAGAAAUUGAAUCAAGAAUCGAAGCGAUUGAACGAGGGCGGAUCAGCUGUUGUCGACCGGGCUACCCUCUUGCAACAAGAAAAGAUUGCGCGAAUCCAAGCAGAGUUGGAUUCAAAUAGCCUUCAGAACAUUCCAUCCAUUCUGGCUGCCAAUCAACAGUUGCUGGACGGCAAUCGAAAACCAUCUCUUAACACACAAGACUUCUUGGACGAAGCUAAAAUGAUUAUGGGAUACAUUCGUACCAAAGCACAGGCCCCGAGUGGCCUUGCGAGUGUAGAAGAAUCUGAGUCUGAGGCUGGUCGAAUACGUCCUGAUGGUUUUGGUGAUGAUGACAGUUUUGAAGAUUCCUACGAGUCAACAAGAGAGCCAUUUUCACGACCACCGAGUCGUGAUGGUGCCCCUGUUCAACGUUUACCACUGAAACAGGCAGAUCCGGAACUUCUUAAUCAUCUACGAAAGUAUCAAGAAAAAAGUGACAUUGACGAUAUUAUUGCUUCUUCUAUUCGAACAAUAGCACAAGCUAAGGCCUCAACUGAAAGUCUCAAGGAAGAAAUGAGCCGACAGCUGAAUGCGGCGAAAAACCUGCAGAGUGAGACGGCCAAUAACCCUUUUAUGGAGAAUAGCGAAUUUCUGCGAAAGAGAAAACACUCAUCAUCUGUAACUUCUAAUCAGAACGUUGACGAGGUCGAGUAUCCUUCGCAUGGGUCUAACUCCUCUGGUCGGUCGACUGUCAUGUCAAUUCCCACCGGGUCAUCUCGAGGUUCUGACUCGCGUCGAAUCAUUGAGCCACACACAGUUUCACAUCUUAUUCCCGAGCAGGUUGCGGGAAUGAUAUUUGAUCGUGAACGCAAUAUGUGGGUAAAGCGAAAGAGUGUUAGCCAGGAGAGCGAAAAACGGAACUUUCUUCCCUCGGAUGAUACCGACGAAGAUCCUUUUGGUGGGAUCCCAGAUCUGUCUGUAGACGAGACUCAAGAAAUGCAAAGAUUGAAAGGCAUCGCCGCCGAACUUCAGCAUACUACAGAGCGGAUUCGAGAGAAUCAUGCCAGAAACAGUCAAGCCGAGCCCAAUACUGCCUCACCCUCGCCUACCAUCCGAGAAACCAAGUCAGAGAAUCCGGUAUUGCCUACUAUAUUUGAACAAACAUCUGCUUCGGAAGAGCGGGUAUUUGCUACUGAUAAAGCAAUAUCUCGAGAUGAGAAUGACUCAAUCGCCGAACAACACGCAGCCGUUAAAGCGCCGCUGGAGAGUGUGGAAGUCAUUGGGAAAGAGAUCUCGAUUGUUGGAGAUUAUGCUGAAUAUACUCCACAUCCCAAGCGGAACGCUACUAUUACCUUCUCAUCACCUCUGGUCUCGGUUAUCCCGCCAAAUGUUGACUUUGACACUAGCUCUCAAUCCGAAGCAGACCAUCAGACUAGCGACGGGAGCCAAGAGGAAGGGGAUAGUGUUAUUGUCAGAAAAGUCUCGAGUAGACAAGUAUCAACUUCGGUCAAAACUCGUUCUUCAAGCAGCCGGAAAUCAUCUCGCCACGACUCCAUGGUCAGCCACAAGUUUUCGACCAGGCCUGUAUCGAGGAUUGAUGAACGUGAUGAGAGUGGAGAGGAAAGUGACCCUUCCUCACCAAAAAGAAGCGUCAGUGUCAUGGUGGCGACGCCUCUGCGUUCGAAGCAAGCGAGUGGCAUGAUGGUCGUGACACCGCGGCCGUCCCAUGACAUUGGAACCUUGACGCUUACUCCAAUGUCAGAGUUCACCAUCCAUCACGACGAGGAGGAGUUGGGUUUGAACGUUAGCUAUGUUGCCAACAACAAGCGUCACUCACAUGGAACAGACAAGCAGAAGACUUUAUCACUCGUGAUUAAAAACCUGGUAGAGAAGUUGACGGAAGUAGAACCUUAUGAACCGUUCUGGGAACACAUGAAAGAAAUUGAUCUGAGAGACAAGAAACUGUCCAACCUACAUAAACUCGACGAGUUUUGUGAGAACCUGGAAGAGAUAGAUGCCUCAAACAACCAGAUCAGCCAGCUAGACGGAGUUGCAAGAUCUGUGAGACAUCUACGAAUCAGUUACAAUUGUCUAACUGAUCUCACUGCAUGGGGUCAUCUGAGUAAUUUGCAGUAUGUCGACGUCUCAAACAACGAACUUGAGUCACUGUCCGCGUUCAAGCACUUGUAUCAUCUUAGGGGUAUUCGAGCUGAUAACAACAUGGUCACAUCGAUAGACGGGAUUGGGAAGCUUAAUGCACUUCUUAGCUUGCGGCUAAGGGGAAACCUGGUCGAGAAAGUUGAUUUCAAGAACACCGAGCUACACAAACUAACGGAUCUUGACCUUACGAACAACAUGAUCAACGCUGUUCUUAACUUAAAUGAAUUGAGCUCACUUUGUGAUCUCAAUUUAAGCGGGAAUAAACUAGACGAAUUUUGCCCUAACGGAUCAAAAGCCACGACAGCAAUGAAAUACAUCCGACUAGACGACAACAAUUUGGAAGAGAUCGACCUGAGCUUAUACACGAACCUCCGUCUACUAUCUGUCGACAGAAACCGACUGGGCAAAAUCCGUGGCCUGCAUAAGGCAACGCAUCUUGAUACUUUGUCAUUACGCGAACAAGAUGGAAAGGGGGCUCUUGACUUAUCCUUCCUUUCAGAAGCCUACGAGGUCCGUAGGUUGUUUUUGUCUGGAAAUUUUCUUGAAACCUUCAAUCCCGUCAUCAAAUUUCUUAACCUCCAAUAUCUUGAACUUGCAAGCUGCGGAUUACACGCAUUGCCCGCGAAUCUUGGCCAGAUGAUCUGCAACACCCGGGUUCUAAACCUGAAUUACAAUGCUCUAUCGGGCAUAUCUUCACUUAGGGGGAUUGUGAGGUUGAGGAAAUUGCAUAUCGUUGGUAAUCGACUGGACAACAUCACAGCCGAUGUUGAAACACUGUCAAAAUGGCGCGAUCUCAUCUCGAUUGACAUGAGAUGUAAUCCAUCCACCCUGGGCUUUUAUCCUCCUGCCUCAGACGAGAUAGUUAAAAGAUCUGAAGACUGCGAGACGCUGUCGCUCUUCAUUCUGGCCAAAGCGAACGUGGAAAGGGAUACUAAAUACACGAAAUGCCUGGAUAUGAGAACCAAAAUGGUCAGGAGAGCUUUCGAGCUGUUAGUAACAGCUAGUUGUAAGAGCGUCCGCACGCUUAAUGGGUUGCAUGUUGAUCGAAUUAUUAUAAGGAAAAGAGAUGAUGUAUUCAAAGGCCUGGUCAAGAUCGGAAUCGUGGCCGAUUCUGCUGAUGGUGCGGAUUCUGGAAGAGAUGACGAGAACAGUACUCCAAGGUCUCAGAAGACCGCGGAUCACAAGCAAUCUAGGGAUAGCGUCAAGUCUUCGCGGCAAGCAAGAGUUAGGCAGACGGAUUCAGCUUCUAGGGACGCCUCUACGGUUCGAAAAUCAUCAUCGCAAACCGAACGCUCAGAGUCUACUCAAACAACUCAGUCAAGUCCGUUUUCUCCUAGAUCUGUUCGUGGUGGUAAAGCCAGCGCAAGUGCAGCCGGCAUGUCGACGCAAAAGCCAAGAGAAAAAUCAGCCAUAUGGGGUGCGGAGGAUAGCUUUGCAUAA